GAUAACGACUAAAGGACUAAAGUGAAAAGUGUAGUAAAAUGGAAUCUGCCAAUGCGUACUUGUCGUAUGAAAAGGAUACAAAAUUGAUCAACUACAGCGAUGUCAACUUCCCUGAGGACCGCAUUUGGACACGCAUACCCGACUGGGAUAUAACACUCAAGAUCAGCACAUUUGUACCGGUAAUCAUAUUCGGUUUCUAUGGCAAUUUUGUCAUACUCCAGCUAAUCGUGCUCAAUCGGGCGCUACGCACACCGACCAAUAUGCUUGUGGUCAAUAUGGCAAUAGCCGAUAUGGUGACGCUACUGAUUUGCCCAGUUAUGUUUAUGAUAAAUGACUUCUACCAGAACUAUCAAUUGGGUUCUUUUGGUUGUAAAACGGAAGGAUUCUUGGAUGUGGCCUUUCUCAUUACAGCUGUUUUGAAUCUAUCGGCUGUAAGUUAUGAUCGUCUAACAGCAAUCGUUUUGCCGACGGAAACACGCUUAACAAUGCGUGGUGUGAAAUUUGUGAUUGCAUUCACAUGGUUGGGUGGUUUUUUAAUUGCCAUGCCAUUAGCCAUAUAUAGAACGUAUAAGGUACGCCAGUGGAAGAACUUUAGGGAGAUGUAUUGUAAGGAGAAUACGGACAUUUUACCCAAAUAUUGGUAUGUCUUAAUUACGGUUAUGGUGUGGUUUCCGCUCAGCGUAAUGCUGAUCUGCUACUCAGCGAUCUUUUAUAAGCUCGAUCGCUAUGAGAAACGUGUGCUCAAUCGCGAGCAUCCACUCAGCGUAUCCUAUAAGAAAAAAGUGGCGAAAACACUAUUCAUUGUGGUGGUCGUUUUCAUUGCGCUACGGCUACCUUUCACAAUAUUGGUUAUUUUACGUGAUCAGUACAUAACCAAUCAGGAUAGCACUAUAAAUAAUAGUUUUCGUAUUUUCUGGUAUAUAUCGCAGUUUUUGAUGUUUCUGAAUUCAGCAGUAAAUCCACUCAUCUACGGUUUUAAUAAUGACAACUUUAGACGCGCUUACGACCAGACGCCAUUGUGCAAUUGUUGUAAACGGAAUCAAAACAAAAUUGAGUCGAACAAAACUUCCAGUGACAAGAGUUGCCUUAGCUCUUUGAAAAAUUCGUUUAAUCAGAUUUGUUGCUGUCUUUGCCUGAGAAGCAAAAAACGAUUUUCUUUUUCUGAAAAUCAGCAUGCACAGAAAGCAGAGGUGCUGCGUAGCGUAGCCAAUGGAACGUCGGAGCCGCAUAUGCUCGCAAAAGAAACGAAUUUGACGAAUGCACUAACAACAUAUAAUCGCUUCGACAACGAGGGCUGCCAUAAUAAAGUUUUGAGUGAUGAUUUUAUAUGAUUUGUUUGGCAAAUAUGUAUGAGCGCUAGCUUAAAUUCAUAAUGUUUGGUUUUAAUAAAUGUUAUUGUUGGUUUAAAUGGCAAACAAAAAAUUUUGCGAUGGUGCCGUUUGAGUGGCUACACCCGUUGACUAUUCUUAUUCGAUUCCUAUAGAAGUUGACGAAACUCUCGACGAGUAUUAAAAACAAAAAUAUUAAUCAUUUUUAUUUUACAUACAAUAUUUUUAAAUUGAAUAUUUA